CAUAUUUAAUGUCAGGUCAAAUGUGCAUUAAUUUAAUCUCCUCUGUUCCUGAUAGGAAAAUCUAAAGCGAGAGACCAGGUCCAGAAAUAAGAACUACGAAAUGGUUCGAAAUGGCACGCUAGCACUUGGUCAUCACAUCAGCAGGGGAAUAUGGAGCCUUGGAUUACAAAAUAACAAUUACAUUCUUAAUACUCCAUGAAUGCAUUUAGUUCUCUAUCUCUAAAUCAUUAGUUCAACCAGCAUAACUGAAUGUAGAAUUCAAUGUUUUCAUCAAAAGUAGAAUAUUAUGCAAAUAAGUGAAAGGGAAUACGACAUUACGUUAAAUUAUAUUUGCUAUGUUAAGUAAGGCAUGGACAGAUGAUACAAGCGAGCCCUCACGAUCAGUGGAAGUGAUUUGGAAAAUGCCGACGCUCCCUGAAGCACACCAUCUGGUUCCUAGUCCCACCCAUUUUUUUGUGAAGGGGAGACAGCAGGGCGCCUGAGAGCAGGUCUGAACAGCUCAGAAUACUUGGUCGAAUGGUUGGAUGGCAGUCGUUAGCUGCAUCACUUCAGCGGACAUUGCUUGUUUUAAGUCAAAUAAUAACUAUGUCCAUGUUUGAUUGUUUACUUUAGUAGUUCGAGCUUUAUAUGUAUUUUUGGAGCAUUUAUUUUUGCAAUGUGAGUAAUUACUUUCGAAGUUCGGACAACAGUAAAUUAGUGAAGAAAGGAUCCCAACAAAGGCUGGCAGUUGGGGGAUAGCUUGCUAGCUUGCGAGCUAGCUGUCUGCAGAAGAAACCCUAAAGAAAGUAUGGCCGUACGCGGUGUAUUAGCUAUGGAUUACAGGAUAAACCCGCUGGGUUUACUUAAGGUAUUGAUACUACUUUGUGGAAUUUGGGAAGUAAACGCGCAAUAUGGAGAUCGUGGAAUAUCGAUUCCUGAGCACGGCUUCUGUCAACCGAUUUCUAUCCCACUUUGCACGGACAUCGCCUACAAUGAGACAAUCAUGCCAAAUCUACUUGGUCAUACGAAUCAGGAGGAUGCUGGACUCGAGGUUCAUCAGUUUUAUCCACUUGUUAAAGUUCAGUGCUCGCCGGAUCUGAAGUUUUUCCUUUGUUCCAUGUAUGCGCCUGUCUGUACGGUUCUGGAGAAGGCACUGCCGCCGUGUAGAUCACUGUGCGAGAGAGCGAGACAAGGCUGCGAGGCGCUUAUGAAUAAAUUUGGCUUUCAGUGGCCGGACACUCUAGCGUGCGAAUCUUUUCCGAUUCAUGGAGCUGGCGAGUUGUGUGUCGGGCAGAACACGUCGGAAAAAAGCACUGCAAUAAAUCCGACACCCGGCGUAACGCAGCCUCCACAUGACGAUCACAGAAAAGGACAGUUCAAGUGCCCGGCUUCGUUAAAAGUUCCGCCGUAUUUGAAUUAUCGCUUUCUUGGCGAAGAUGACUGUGGUGUGCCCUGCGAGCCUAAGAAACUCCACGGAAUAAUGUACUUUAAUGAGGAUGAGCGGAAAUUCGCCAGGAUAUGGAUAGGAAUUUGGUCGGUGUUGUGUUGCGCCUCUACUUUGUUCACAGUUCUGACCUACUUGGUGGACAUGAAGCGUUUCAGCUAUCCGGAGCGUCCGAUCAUCUUCCUCUCUGGGUGUUAUACUAUGGUUUCUAUUGCUUAUAUUGCUGGCUUUCUGUUAGAGGACAAAGUGGUUUGCAAUGAGACAUUUGAUAAUGAAUACAGGACUGUGGUGCAGGGUACCAAAAAGGAAGGCUGUACCAUUCUGUUCAUGAUGUUGUAUUUUUUCAGCAUGGCGAGCUCUAUUUGGUGGGUGAUCCUGGCUCUCACCUGGUUUUUAGCAGCAGGUAUGAAGUGGGGCCAUGAAGCAAUCGAAGCUAACUCGCAGUAUUUCCACUUGGCCGCGUGGGCUGUACCCGCCAUCAAAACGAUCACUAUUUUAGCAGUGGGGCAGGUGGACGGUGACGUCCUCAGUGGAGUGUGUUUUGUGGGCGUCAGCAGCGUGGAUGCGCUGCGUGGCUACGUGUUGGCCCCCCUGUUUGUCUACCUGUUCAUCGGCACCUCCUUUCUGCUCGCGGGGUUCGUGUCGCUCUUCCGCAUCCGCACCAUCAUGAAGCACGACGGCACCAAGACAGAGAAGCUGGAGAAGCUCAUGGUUCGCAUCGGUGUGUUCAGCGUGCUCUACACGGUCCCGGCUAGUGUCGUCAUCGCCUGCUACUUCUACGAGCAAGCCUUCCGCCAGCAGUGGGAGAAGACAUGGCUCAGCCAGGCGUGUAAGACGUACGCCGUGCCGUGUCCGACGUACAACCCACAGCUCAGCCCCGACUUCACUGUUUUCAUGAUCAAGUACCUCAUGACGCUUAUCGUGGGAAUAACGUCUGGCUUCUGGAUAUGGUCUGGCAAGACUCUUAAUUCCUGGAGAAAAUUCUACACGAGACUCGCAAAUAGUAAACAGGGAGAGACGACGGUGUGACGUACCGAAGUGUCUUCCUCGGAAGACUGGACUGCUGGAGAUGUUGCAUAAAAUGACCUUUUUAUUUUGUAAAUAUGCACUGGUGAUUUUUUUUGUAAGUAUAUAUUUGUAUUUGAAUUGUGCUUCAGUCUGCAUAAAUCAAAUAUGUUUGGACUUUUUUUGUGUUUUUUAAAAAAAUUUCUUUUUAAUAUAAACAAUAUGAACACCUUUUGGAGGUCAUUUCUGUGAUGAGCAGGACAUUUAGAUGAAAUUGUCUUUCUCUGGGUAUAUGAACUUGGAAUACAUAUUCUUUGUUGUCACAUCCUGCUCUUAGCAGUGUUUUUCAAACGAUAAAUAUUUUUGAGGGAAAAUAUUUAGCUGUGCUUCAUAAGAUGUGCAGAUAUAAUACAUGAAUGGAAGUGUAAAAAGAUUCAGUGACAUCUGAAAAAGUGAUGGAAAAUGUGCCAAAUCUCCUGGUCAGUUUGUUGGAGGACUUUAGGCAGUGUGCCUGCCUGAUAAAAGGGUGUGUUUAGUGCCUUUAUUUCACUUUCAAAGUACUUAAAUGGACCAAUAAUGAUGCUGAUGGCUUCACUCCAGUAGCACUUGUUUUUUGAGGCUGAGAGGACAGCUGCAACCCCCCCCCACACACACACGUAUGCACAGUGUGUGGGGGAAGAAGGGGGAAUUUGCUUCACAAAAAUUCUUUAAGCAUUUGGAUUUCUUGCUAUUUAUGAGCUUUAUGAUUUUUUUUUUUCUUGAAUCUUUUGCAGUCUCUCUAAACAUGUUUUAAUGCACUAAGUUGACAGUAUGUGAAACAUGUCUGUCAUUUACUGGUUA